UUUUUAAAAGAAAAACAAGGUCACUAAAAUCGAACAUGAUUCUCCACCCUUUUGCCAACCGUUGCUCCCUUUGGCAACUUUCCACUCUUUUGUCUUCUUCCUCUUCCUCCUCUUCUUUUACUUAACCCAUAAGCCACACAUGACAACACAACACUACACAACAAUGGCUUCUUCCUCCUCUUCUUCUCCCUUAUCUAUCUUCUUCUCUCUCCUCUUCUUCUCCGCCGCCGUAUCCGCCGUCAAACUCUCUCUGUCCCCGUUUUCUCACCUCGACGGCGACUAUUCUCUCUCCUCCGGCGACCCCUACCCUUUCCUCAGCCGCCUCGCCACCGCCUCUGUCGCCAGAUCUCGUUUCCUCAAAAACCCAAAUUCCAAACACUCCUCCUCCUCUUCCGCCGUCUCCGCCUCGGCCGCCGCCGUGAAACCUCCUCUCGCCGCUCGAAGCUAUGGCGGCUACUCUGUUUCUCUCAGCUUCGGUAAGCCUCCACAGACACUUCCCUUCGUCUUCGACACUGGGAGUAGCCUUGUCUGGUUCCCUUGCACCUCUCGUUACCUCUGCUCCGAUUGUCUCUUCUCCAAUGUCGAUCCCAAUCAGAUCCCGAGGUUCAUACCCAAGAAUUCGACCACGACUAGAAUCAUCGGAUGCCAGAGCCCGAAAUGCAAAUUGCUAUUCGGACCCAGUGUCAAAUGCCAAAGAUGCGGUCCGAAUACCCAGAACUGUACGGAAGCUUGUCCUCCGUACAUUAUCCAAUACGGGUUGGGUUCAACGGCUGGGAUUCUGCUCUCAGAAACCCUCGAUUUCACGGAUCUCGCCGUACCGGAUUUCCUCGUCGGAUGCUCCAUUUUAUCGACCCGACAACCCGAGGGCAUCGCCGGAUUCGGGCGAGGACCCGAAUCGCUCCCUGCUCAAAUGGGUCUCAAGAGAUUCUCCUACUGCUUGGUCUCCCGCCGGUUCGACGACACGGCGGUGACAAGCGAUCUCGUCCUGGAAACCGGGUCGGGUUCGAAGAAGACCCCAGGUCUCAUCUACACGCCGUUUCGCAAGAACCCUAAUGUCUCCAACGUAGCGUUCCAGGACUACUACUACGUGAAUCUCCGGCGAAUCUACGUCGGCGGAAAGCGCGUGAAGAUCCCGUACGAGUUCUUAGCACCCGGAUCUGACGGAAACGGGGGAUCAAUCGUCGAUUCCGGGUCGACAUUCACGUUCCUGGAGCGACCCGUUUACGAUCUCGUGGCCAAAGAAUUCGAAACCCAGAUGGGAAAUUACAGCAGAGACACAAGAAUAGAGAAGCUCACCGGACUCGGACCGUGUUUCAACAUCUCCGGCGAUGAAUCGGUGACGGUGCCAGAUCUGGUGUUCGAGUUCAAAGGAGGAGCUCAGAUGAAGCUCCCAGUGUCGAACUUCUUCUCGUUUGUCGGAAGCAGCGACAAUGUCUGUCUAACGGUGGUGUCGGAGACGACGGUGAAUCCCACCGGAGUAAGGAGUGGUCCGGCGAUCAUCGUCGGGAGUUUUCAGCAGCAGAAUUAUCAGGUGGAGUUCGACCUGGAAAAUGAGAGGUUUGGGUUCAUGAAGAAGAGAUGCAAUUCGUAGGGGGUAGAUUUGUAAUUCUACAACCUUGGCUAAUGUUUUUUAUUUUAACAUUUUCUUUUAUUUCUAUCUACUCGAUUUUAAUUUCUUUCUUCAAAUAAAAAGUGCUUUUAUGUUAAUGAGAUUUUAGUUGUCGAA